GUGUCCAAAUCCAUUCUCUGCAGCCAAAGUGAUUGAGGCUCAUUAGUCUUGCCAUUUAUCAAACAACGAAGAAGAAACAAAGUAUUGAUACAAAGAAAAAACAAAAAGUUGCCUCUGUAGAAAUGGAGAAUGCUUCAGGUGCUGCUUCUGUUCCCUCUACAAUGAAGGCUUGGAUUUAUGGUCAACAUGGAAAACCUGCUGAUGUUCUGAAACUCAAGUCAGAUGUUGCUGUACCCCAAGUGAAGGAAGACCAAGUUCUAGUCAAGGUUGUUGCGGCAGGGCUUAAUCCACCUGAUAACAAGAGGAUGCUUGGGAUAUUUAUACAUGCUGAAUGUCCUUUUCCAACUGUUCCAGGCUAUGAUGUUGCUCGCGUGGUGGUGAAAGUAGGAAGCCAAGUAAAGAAUUUAAAGGUAGGAGAUGAAGUAUAUGGGAAUGUUCAUGAGAAAGCCUUGGAUCAUCCGAAACAAUAUGGCACUUUAGCUGAGUAUACUGCUGUUGAAGAGAGGCUGUUGGCUCUAAAACCAAAAAACCUGAGCUUUCCUGAAGCUGCUGCACUGCCUGUUGGCACUGGGACUGCCUACGAAGGCCUUCAGCGAUGCCAGUUUUCUGCAGGUCAAUCUAUUCUUGUCUUAGGAGGUGGUGGUGGGGUUGGCAGCAUGGUCGUUCAGCUAGCCAAGCAUGUUUUUGGGGCAUCCAGAGUAGCAGCUACAGCAAGCACUGGAAAACUGAAGUUGCUCAGGAGCUUGGGAGCUGAUUUAGCAAUCGAUUACACCAAGGAGAACUUCGAAGAUCUACCAGAGAAAUUCGAUGUAGUAUACGAUUGCGUUGGGCAAUGCGACAGGGCAGUGAAGGCAAUGAAAGAAGGAGGGCGAGUGGUUACAGUUAGUGGUGCUGUAACAGUGCCAGCAUUUAAAUUCAUAGUCACUUCUAAUGGAGCCGAUUUGGAGAAACUGAAUCCUUGCCUGGAAAGUGGGAAGGUAAAGGCAGUGAUUGAUCCCAAAGGCAUUUAUCCUUUCUCUCAAACCCUGGAAGGACUUGCCCAUGUUGACACUGGCAGAGUUGCAGGAAAAGUGGUAGUAUAUCCGAUCCAAGAAGAGAAUUGAUUGUGUCAAUAUGUAAAAGAGUUUGAUAUAUUUAAAUUUUGAAAUAUAAAACAGUUAAUUAAUAGAGUUGUUAUUGUUUAUAACAAAUCCUACUGUUUAAAAUU